UGAUUUGCUUCCACGCGUUUCGUUCUCAUCUUUUAAGUUCAUCUCCUACCGUCUCAAGUCUUCUCAUCAAUCACAAUCCAUCUCUGAGUUUUCUCUCUCUCGUGGUAUCAUCCGUUUUCUCACCCGGGAAAUCGCCAAGUCUCGAUUUUUCUGGGUAUUUUCUGGUUUUCUCGCGUGGAUCUCUUUCUGGGUUUUGUUAGUUCGUCCAUUUCUCAUCUGGGGAUUCGCCAAAUUUUAGAUUUUUUUUCGUCUCAAUCUCCAUCGGAUUUUCUCAGCACCCAAACAGGGACUGGUCGUACAUAACUCAGAAACUUGAAACAAUGGUUCGCUGCAGCAACAACCUCGUCGGAAUCCUCAACUUCAUCGUCUUCCUCCUCUCGAUCCCGAUCCUCGCAGGAGGAAUCUGGCUCAGCCAAAAGGGCUCGACGGAGUGCGAGCGAUUCCUCGACAAACCCGUGAUCGCUCUCGGGGUCUUCCUCAUGAUCGUCUCCAUCGCAGGACUCGUCGGCGCCUGUUGCAGAGUGACAUGGCUUCUCUGGGUUUACCUCUUCGUCAUGUUCAUCCUCAUUUUGCUCGUCUUCUGCUUCACCGUCUUCGCCUUCGUCGUCACGAACAAAGGAGCCGGCCAGUCAGUGUCCGGACGAGGGUAUAAAGAGUACAGGCUCGGAGAUUACUCUAACUGGUUGCAGAAGCGCGUGAACAGCGCCAAUAACUGGAACAGGAUCAGGAGCUGUCUUGUUGACAGCAAGGUCUGUUCUGAGUUCGAAUCCAAGUUUGCUCAUGACACCGUGAACGAUUUAUACCGAGAACAUCUCUCCGCCCUUCAGUCGGGUUGCUGCAAGCCCUCGGACGGUUGCCAGUUCACGUACGUGAGCCCGACGAACUGGAACAAGACCGUGGGAAGUCACACGAACCCAGACUGCGAACUGUGGGAAAACAGACCGGACAAGCUCUGUUUCGACUGCGAAGCCUGCAAGGCCGGUCUCCUCGACAACAUCAAGAGCGCUUGGAAGAAAGUCGCGGUCGUCAACAUCGUCUUCCUCGUGUUCCUCGUCGUCGUCUACUCGAUCGGCUGCUGCGCCUUCAGGAACAACCGGACCGACGAUUCUCACGGUCGUAGCUAUGGUGGCUACAAGCCUUGAGGGGGGAAAAAGAGUCUCUGUUGUGCUUUGAGACAGCGUUCGUUAGGGCAGAUAGAUGCAUUGUGUUUUUGAGUGUCUGGUGAUUUGAUUUGGUUCUUUUUUUUUUUUUUGUAAAGAUGAUGUUUUGGUGAUACAUCGUGGUGUGUAUUUUGGUUGAGACCUUAAUUACGAUUAGCACCCUUAAUCCA